GAAAAUCAUCAUUCCAUCGUCAGUAGCAGAAAGCAUGGGUUCCGGUGGUCGCCGUGAAGAUCAAGAAGCCUUGAUGCCGCAGAGUUCGGUCGUCGGCGGCCGGAAGAAGGUCCACUUGGUCCUCGACUUGGACCACACCCUUGUCCACUGCGUCCCCGUCUCCAAACUCACCCUUCAAGAAUAUUCCGCAAGCAUGCAGAAGAAGACGAUGAUGAUCAGCAGAAACCCCACCGCCGCCGGAGACACCCACCUGCUCGACGGCGGCGCCUUGGUUCUCAAAUUCCGGCCAGGGGUGCGGUCGUUCUUGGAGGAGGCCAGCGCCAUGUUCGAUUUGUCCAUCUACACCAUGGGCACCCGCCACUACGCCAACCAGGUCGCCGCCAGACUUGUCCGUCACGCUUCCCGCGGAGGAGGAGGAUUGUUGUCGUUCGUGAAGGUGAUAUCGAGGGAGGACUGCACGGUGGCGAAGCAGAAGGGUCUGGACGUGGUCCCGUCGCACCGGAGGGCCGUGCUGGUGGUGGACGACAAGCCCAAGGUUUGGGCGAGGGAGGACAGGGACAACGUCGUGACCAUCUCCCCCUAUUACUUCUUUGGUCUCAACAAGGGGGGCAAAGAUGAAGAAGAAGAAGAAGACAAGGGAGAGCUUUCGAGGGUUCUUGGAGUUCUGAAAGAGGUUCACUCCAGGUUCUUUCAUCAGCUGGAAGAAGGUGAGGGCGGCGAGAGAGACGUGGCGCAAAUCUUGAAAAGGGUUCGAUUGUUCAUGCUCUAUCACGGCCCUCCCGACGUGUCGUCGUUGUUGCAUCAUCAUGGCCGUCGUCGUCGUCGUCGUCAUCAAGAAGAAGAAGAAAAGGAGGAAGGAGGCCGCGGAGAGGAUUGGAGUAGAAUCAAGAGGAUCAAGAUCGUGUUCAGAUCGGGAACGUGCGGGGUGGCGUCGCCGCCGCCUAUAGCCACCACCGCGACGAUUCUUUGAUGCAAGAAGCGAGGGAGAGAAUUCGGAGAAGAUCAAGUGAUCAUCAUCAUCUUCAAGAAAUUGCGGCGGCGUGGGGCCGGCCAAGUUGAUGGCAGUGACUAAUCUUGUACUUUUUUUUUGGGUGAGUUCAAUAACGAGAGCACCAAUUGAUACGAUAUCGUAUCGGGUUAAGGAAGGAU